AUGGCAAAAGAUCUAAUUAAUCAGCUUUUCAUCUGCAAAGAUCGACUUGUGGAAGAGUCAUUAAAAGGGUUUGAGGAGUCCAAGCUACUUCGGAGGCUUAUAUCAGGAACAGUCAUGAAUAAAUAUGCAUAUAAUAAUGGAAAGAAACACCCAAGAGAGUUUUCAAUAUCUCCGGACUUGAAAUAUUUUCAAUGAAAAAUUGAAAAUUCUAAUAGAAAACUUCGCAGAUUUUCAAUUAAUGAUAUAAACGAUGUAGUAAUAGGGAAUUCUGAGUUUUCAUGCAAGGUAUCAUCAAUGAAUUUGAAAAACGACUCAGAAAAUCUUUGCUUCACUAUUGAAUUGUGCGAAUAAAAUGACAUAUCGGCUUGGAAAUGAAGCCUCAAACAUGCUUUAUUUAUAUCCGGCAAGGGUUUGCCAACUCAGAAAUUGACAGAAAUGCAAGCUAAGUAAUUGUGGUAGCCUAGCUUUAGUCUGCUUCGGGAUUGGAUUUUAUCUCAAUGAAAAGGUGGAUUCAGAGCUGGAAAGAAAACUCUCAGCAAAAUCUUUAAGCAAUGCCUAGAUCAAUCGAACAUCUUCUUAGCGUGAAACUGGGAGUUACACCCAGGCUUUGAAUUUUUUCCUUACUCCCCCCCCCCUCCGUGAGCGAACAAAACCAUUAGAAAAAUCGCCAUUUUUUGACCAAAAACCCCACCCUCCGUGAGUGAACAAAAAUUUUUUUAAAUAGAAAAAAUUUUAAUGGAAAAAAAUUUUGAUAUAUAAAGUGAUAAUUAGUAUAAUGAAAUCUAGAGCUAAUUCUGUUUAAUUUUAAACAAAUUGCGUUUUAAAACAUAAAUUUUGCAAAUUAAAUUAAUAUUUGCUUCCAAAUUUUUGCAAAUUAGGAUUUUUUUAAAUUUCGAAAAAAAAUAUUUUUUUAUAAAAUUUAUAUAUAAAUUUUUUUUUAAAAAAAAAAAAUUAACCCCCCCCUCCGUGAGCGAACAAAAUUUUAUUGUUCGCUCACGGAGGGGGGGGGGGGGUUUAGCUGAAAAUUGUCCAGAAAUUCCCAUUUUUUUAAUUUUUGUACGGGCAGCCAAGCAGCAUGCUGCAGAAGUCCAUAGCCUUCCUAUUCAACACUGGAGUUGGCAAGGCAAGGAAAAGACAGAGACACAUAACCCUACUUUACAGGUGCCCAUGGAUCAGGUGGUGAAGAAGAGGAAAGGCAGUGCUCGAUUCAAUACUUGCCUGGCUAGCCAUCUAACUCGAAGAAGUACUUCCUGUUGACCUUGCAAAGAUGGUAAAUCACUUGCAGGGAUCCUAGAUAACUGCAUUACUAACAGGCAGUAGUCAACCCUGAAUUUAAGUUUAUUUUAAGCUUCACAAUUAAAUUGAAGCAGAGAAACGUUGAUAUUGUCGCCCCUACAGACCGUGAGCGCGAUAUGUGGGUAAGAGGAGUUAGCUUGCUUAUAGGCAGUGACGAAAUGGCAAGCGAAAAAUCCAUAAAAUCCCUAGAUGAAGAAAUAAACGAUCUUAAAAAGCACCUUUUAAAAAAAUCUAAAAGCGAAGUUCACUUCGAAGGCGCAGCCAUCGACAAUUCCAGCGACGAAGGCAUUAUUGAAAACGAAGACACCAAAAAAUUUAAAAAUAAAAUAAAAUCAUUAGAACAAGAACGCCAAAUUUUAAAUGACCAAAUCAAGCACUUGACUGAAGAAAUUGAUAAGAAAACAAGCGAAGACCAAAGCAAGAAAAAGCAAAUGGGUCAAAGAGAUAAACAAAUAAAAGAAUAUGAAAACCAAAUCGAAAUCUUAAAAGCUCAGUGCGACUCAGCAGAAAAAGACUAUACACAAAGGACUGUUUCUAUUGAAGAAAAACUGACCCAAAAAGACACUGCAUUAAUGAGUCUGCAAGCAGAAUAUGAAGAAUUUAAAAAACAAAUUAAGGACUCUUUUAAUAAGACUCUUGUGCAAAAAGUACAACAGUAUAGAGAAUCCAAAGAAGUUUUGUGCUCUUAUGUGGCGUAUUUAAAACAAAGGCUUGAUAGUAUUGAAAAAGAGGUUUCACUGUGGCAAGCAGUUGUCCAUACACAUGUGCUUCCUGUUUUCCAGGCAAAGAAGCCAGGCAGGAUGCCUCAGUUUAAAGAAGUCCUUUCUUUUGCACUAGAUAUUAUGGAAAGAAAACUAGACACUGACAGAUCCCAAACCCAAUUUAUUUCUUUAUUAAAUGAAGCCAGAAAAAAUGUUAAAUCAAGCUAA